CCACCAAGUACCUUCCAUAUUCUCUCCCAUUGGCCUUCCCGGAAUUCUUUUUUUGGCCAUUGCUUCCCCUCUCAUUGCUUAGUGGGACCCUUUUGCACUGACCCAUCACCCAUUUCCCUUUGAUCUUGACACUCAUGCUCAUCUUCAAAUCAUUCUACUACUUCUACCUUCCCAUCUUUUCUCAUGGUGGGUUGCAGCAGCAGCAGCAGCCAUGGCUGAGACGAAGCUCCGAAAACAGGGCAGGAGGUCACCUAAUGAAUACCCCUUGGAAAUUGAAGACAGUUGCAUAUUUGGAGCUUUUUUAGGCUGGCAUCCUCUAAAGCUAACCAUGCGCUGUGUUAUACUUCUCAUUUUGCUGAUAAUCAGUUAUUCAUCCACGGAACCUGAUGUGGAAGGUGAAGCUUUGUUUGAUUUUCUUAACGCACUCAACGAUUCCAAUGGUCGAAUAACAGAUUGGAAUCAUUAUUUUGUGAGUCCAUGCGCCAGUUGGUCACAUGUCACUUGUAUAGGAGAUAAGGUCGUAUCCCUGAGCCUUGGCUCAAUUGGACUUUCAGGAUCGCUUUCACCUUCAAUUACUAAACUGAAAUUUUUGGUUAGCUUGGAAUUACAGAACAAUAAUCUAUCUGGUGUGUUACCUGAUUACCUUGCCAACAUGACACGUCUUCAAAAUCUAAAUCUUGCAAAUAACAAUUUCAAUGGCCCUAUUCCUGUCCCUUGGGGUCAGCUUUCCAGCCUCAAGCAUUUGGUAUUGAGAGGAAAUCACUUAUCUGGACCCAUUCCUGACUCCAUUGCAAAUAUUACUGGGUUGAUAGAACUGGAUCUUUCAUCUAAUGGCUUAUCCGGAAGAAUCCCUGUGCAACUCUUUUCAACUCUGUCAUUUAAUUUUACAGGAACAGGUCUUGCUUGUGGCCCUAGCUUGGAGCAACCUUGUGUUUCUAGCUCUCCUCUUCCAGUUUCGACCAGAAAGUCGAAACUUGGGGUGGUGGUAACUUCUGCAAGUUGUGCUGCAUUCGUACUGUUGUCACUUGGGGCCAUUUUUGCAUAUGGAUACCAUUAUUAUGUGCACAAACUCAAACGUGAUAUCUUUGUUGAUGUUGCAGGUGAAGAUGAUUGUAAAAUUUCCUAUGGCCAGCUGAAAAGAUUUUCUUUGCGUGAACUCCAACUUGCAACGGACAACUUCAGUGAAAGCAAUAUGAUUGGACAAGGAGGCUUUGGAAAAGUUUAUAGAGGUUUCCUCUCAGACAACACAAAGGUUGCUGUGAAACGCCUUACAGAUUAUUACAGUCCUGGUGGAGAGGCUGCAUUCCAAAGAGAAGUUUAUCUUAUAAGUGUUGCAGUUCACAGGAACCUAUUGCGGUUGAUAGGGUUUUGUACAACCUCAUCUGAGAGGAUCCUUGUUUAUCCAUUCAUGCAAAAUCUUAGUGUUGCAUACCGCUUAAGAGAUUUAAAACCUGGAGAGAAAGGGUUGGACUGGCCUACAAGGAAACGAGUGGCUUUCGGUGCGGCCCAUGGCUUGGAGUAUCUACAUGGGCAUUGUAAUCCUAAGAUUAUACAUCGUGAUCUAAAGGCUGCAAAUAUCCUAUUAGAUGAUGAUUUUGAAGCCGUUCUUGGGGAUUUUGGGCUGGCAAAGGAUGUUGAUGCGAAAUUGACUCAUGUUACCACUCAAGUGCGUGGCACCAUGGGUCACAUUGCCCCGGAAUAUUUGUCCACCGGAAAAUCAUCAGAAAAGACAGAUGUGUUUGGAUAUGGUAUAAUGCUUCUCGAACUUGUCACUGGUCAGCGUGCAAUAGAUUUCUCUCGGCUUGAAGAGGAAGAGGAUGUUCUUCUGCUUGAUCAUAUCAAGAAGUUACAGAGAGAAAAUAGGCUGGAUGACAUUGUAGAUGGGAACUUGAAGAGCUAUGAUCCCAGAGAAGUUGAGACCAUUGUUCAGGUUGCCUUGCUGUGCACUCAAAGCUCACCUGAGGAGCGUCCAACAAUGGCACAAGUGGUAGGAAUGCUGGAGGGAGUGGGUCUGGCUGAGAGAUGGGCCGAGUGGGAGCAGCUUGAAGAAGGAAGGAAUCAAGAGUUCUCCCUCAUCUCUCACAAUUUUACUUGGGCUGAAGAGUCAACGCAUGAUCAAGAAGCCAUACAGUUGUCCAAAGCCAGAUAAUGCUUUUAGGCAUAAUAUAAAUUUUGAAAAGAAAAAAAAAAAAAAAGAGGAAGAAAAAAGGAAGAAACCAUCAUAUAUGGGCAAGUUACAUUUCUCUUACCAUGGCCAAUGUAUUUAUUACGCCAAAAUUUAACUUGUGUUGCCUACUAUAUACCUAUGAAAUAUUGACAAUUAGUAUCUUGUGGUGAAAAAUGUAUCUAAGGGAACAUCAUCAGCAGGCUAUCCCUCAAUAUCAUUACAAUCUUUUGGUUUGGCACAAAAUUUACUUUUGUUCUUUUUGGAUGAUAGAAUCUAUGUGAAAUAUAUAUUUUGGCAUGGUGGGAAGGAUUGAAACAAAUUUGUGGCCUUAUAAUUUUUUGUACGUCAGAGAACAAACAAUUGAAUCCGCAGAGAAACUGGCU